GUAAAUAUAGUUAUUGACGAGAAGUCAAUUUAAUUUCACCCCAAAGAAUAAAGAACAAAAAAAAUCAAUUCAAUUCACUUUCUUUCCAAUUUCCUUCUCUACAUCCUCCCCAUCUUCUGAAACAAGCUUGAGGUCUAUCAGCCGGAACCGAUUGAACCGGCAACGGUUCAGGAAUCUAAGUAACAAAAAUCUGUUCGCCGGAGAAGAGAGGGCUUCUCCGAUUUCGCCCUCUCAAUCUCCGAUAAAAAAACCCCUAGAAAUCUCAUACCAAAAUCAUAUGCAGAUUGCUAUUCAUAUGGUUCAAAUCUUUCCAAUUUUUGAUGCGCCGAUCCAAUGCCCGCAAAAAAAUAAAGACUACUAACGGAAGUCAAACAAUGGAAUCGGUCAAAUUCCAAGCCCGACCCAGCAGAUCUUCGCAUCGGAGCCCUAAUCGAAACAAUUCCAAAUCAAACCUCAUUUAUUACACUUCAAUAGCAUUCGUUAUCGCUUUCGUAUGUUACGUUUUUGUGUUUUCGAGUAAAAUUAGGUUUUCUGUGAAGAAAAAAUACGGGAUCGUGAUUGAUGGGGGAAGUACGGGUACGAGGAUACAUGUGUUUGAGUACGAGUUUAGGGAUGGGGUGGGACCAGUGUUUGAUUUUGGGGAAAAGGGUUUGGUUUCGAUGAGGGUGAAUCCGGGAUUAUCAGCAUAUGCGGAGGAACCGGAGAUGGCGAGUGAAUCAGUGGCGGAGUUAGUGGAGUUUGGGAAGAAAAUUGUGCCGAAGGAAUAUUGGAGUGAAACGGAGAUUAGGUUGAUGGCUACUGCUGGAAUGAGGUUGUUGGAUUUGGAUGUACAGGAGAAGAUUCUAGAAGUGUGUCGAAAGGUAUUGAGGGAUUCAGGUUUUAAGUUUAUGAAUGAUUGGGCUUCUGUUAUUUCAGGAUCUGAUGAGGGUUUGUAUGCCUGGGUUAUUGCUAAUUAUGCCCUUGGUACUCUUGGUAGUGAUCCUCUGCAAACAACUGGGAUAAUUGAACUUGGUGGCGCAUCUGCGCAGGUGACUUUUGUUUCUGACGAGCCUAUGCCCCAAGAAUAUUCUCGGACAAUUAAAUUCAGAAACUUUACCUACAAGAUCUACAGUCAUAGCUUGCUUCAAUUUGGUCAGAACGUUGCAUUUGACUUACUCCUGGAGUCCCUUGUCGCGAGCAGCCAAGAUCAAGCUGCUCAAAGUGUUAAGCUGAUGGAUCCUUGUUCUCCUAGAGGAUAUACACACAACCUAAGGUCAUUGAAGCUCUCCCCCAGUAGUUUUGCAGAUAAGAAUAAGUUCCUAUCUGCUCUGUAUCCCAGCGGCAACUUCUCAGAGUGCAGGUCUGCGUCAUUAUCACUUUUGCAGAAAGGCAAAGAGAGUUGCCCUUAUAAAAGCUGCUACAUUGGGUCAACAUUUAUGCCAAAGCUCCAGGGGAAGUUUUUGGCUACAGAAAAUUUUUUCCAUACUUCUAAGUUUUUUGGUUUGCCCCCAAAAGCUUUUCUUUCUGAUCUUAUGGCUGCUGGGAAAAGUUUUUGUGAAGAGGACUGGUCAAGGUUGAAAAGCAAGUACCACUCUCUUCAAGAGCAGGAUUUGCAUCGUUAUUGCUUCUCUUCAGCGUAUAUAUUGGCACUACUUCAUGAUAGUCUUGGAAUUGGUUUGGAUGAUGAUAGGAUUGGAUAUGCUAAUCAAGUUGAAAAUAUUCCACUUGAUUGGGCAUUGGGAGCAUUCAUCUUGCAGAGCACGGCUGAGUUGGACAAAGAGCAUUCCGGCUGGUUUGCAAAUAUGUUCAGUGAGGACUCUCUUAUUUUGCUUCUCUUCUUUGCCUUUUUCAUUUUGGUGAUGUUCACAGCAUGGUAUGUGUCAAAGUGGAGAAAGCCACAAUUGAAGACUGUGUAUGAUCUAGAGAAAGGAAAGUACAUAGUCACACGUGUUGGAAGAUGUUCAUAGAUUGUUUUAUAGGAUGGGAAGCCAUUUUCCUGCAUCUGUGGAUAAGGCGAAAGGACCAAAGUGGAUCAGCUGCCUCUGCCAAGAAUCUCUGUACACUUUGUUGCUUGGUACCCCAAGUAAAAGAUGCUAUUCUUCGUCGAAGUGAGAUCAAUCGUAUGGACCGUUGAAAUGAGGUUGACAACCCAAGUAGUCCGUCUCUGUUUAUGGUCAUGAACAGUUACCAGGAAAGCUUCCAUUGAAAAUAUUAUUAGAUGGUGUGAGGAAGCAGAGACUAGAAUUUAGAAAAGCUGGUCUCUUUUGGUAGCAAGGAUAUUGUACCAUUUACACAAUAGUCAUAAAUACACGAUUCCUUUACCAA